AUGAUAAUCUACAAGGACAUUGUCACUGAUACUCGUGACGAAUUAUUAUCGGACAGUUUUAGCAUUAAGGAAAUCGACGGCGUUGUAUACGAAGUUGACUGCGCUAUGGUGGAAAUAGGCAAAAAUGGCACUGACGAAGACGGCUAUGCUAGGAAGGUCCUAAUGUCACUCAAGAAAAGGAAUGCUCCCGACGAAGAAGUUAUUACCUUCAAGAAGGGAGUACAAGUUCACACCAAGAGAAUUAUCGACAGCUUUAACGAUUGGGAGUUCUACACCGGCGAAUCCAUGGAUGUGGAUGGCAUGGUCGUUUUGCUUAGCUACCGCGAGGACGGUAUUACCCCUUUUGUUACGUACUGGAAGCAUGGUCUUGAGGAGAUGAAGGUCUAA